AUGUCACAACUGGAAGGAUUAGUCCUUUCGGUGGACGAGAACACGAACACAGCAUUCUGCUACUCGGAAGGAAUCGAAGCAGCCAUCACCGUCAAACUUCCAACUGAAUUCAAGUAUGGUUUCCCAGAAAUUUUGGUUUCUACGCUUUCUCAUGCUCUUUUUCAGUGUUAAACGAGGUCAGUCAAUCGUGUUGGCUGACUUUGAAUGCUCCGGAAACGUGUUCACGCCGUCUUCUCAACAAAUAACCGUCAAAGAUUCAGAAAAAGCAAGCUUCCAUGGAAACGAGUUGACUGUUCGCUCUUAGUUGAAUGCCUUUUAAAACGCUAACAUCUACAGAUAAAAGCGGUCGCAGCUUGCUCGGACAAUGAAACUCAUAAAACUUACCCGAUGAGCUUGGCAUACGCAGGCGCCUUCUCAUAUGUGAAUGUCGCCGGCAUCUCGAUGGUCAGAGGAACCGCCUUCUAUGUGUUACUUGCCGUGUAUGUGAUAAUCACCUUCCACAACUUUCAAAGAACAGGCUUGUGCCUCUGGUGUUACUAGAAAUGAAUCUAACAGUCAGCAAGGAAGACAAAUAUUUCAGAAAUGACCUGGACGCAGAGGCAAACGGAGUUCCACUAUUCAAGAUAUACGAGAGAGGAGCAGAGCUUUCGCCAGAACUGAGAGAUCCAUUCAUCUGCGGAAUGCUCGAAUCCGAAGAAAGGCAGGAAUGCUGGGAAGAGUGGAAUCAGGUCGAACUACGUGAAAUGUGGAACCGGGAAUCAAAAACAAAGAGUGAAACAGUCGAAACUGCAACCACCUUGAAUCCUCCGCCUGGGAUUGUGGUAAAGCCAGCCGAACAAGCUAUUGCGAAUCCGUCAGUUCGACAAAUGACAGAGGGUCCUCCAAAUUCUAAUUUCACGGAGUACCAGCCAGUCCAACAAAUAAUGCGGGCCUCGCCAAUUCAACAACUCAAAGAAAAUCAGCCACCUUCGAAAAUCAAAGAUGAUCGGACAACCAAUCGGUGAGCAUUGUCAUUAGUGGAUUCAAUUUAUUCUGUAUUCGUGAUUAUCUAUAUUUCUGUCGAGCCCGUCCUUUUCGGUGUUUCGUUCUGUAAAAUCGCCCGUCCUCCGACGUCGGGUCGGCCGCGAAAAAGAGACUGCAGGCCGUCCGCUCGCCGCGUGUCCGUCUGUGUCUCCGCCCUUCUCGUGAUCUCUCCACUCGCCGCGUCUCUUUUCUCCUCUCACCCACAUUUUUCCCCUUUGCACUGCACUCGCGUCUUCCUCUGUGUGUUUGGUUGUGCCUAGUUGGAACUCUUCUCUGUUUUUAUUUUUUAAUAUUCAUAUUUUUCACUUGUUUAUGCUUCUAGGAACAUUCAAAUGAAUUUGAAUCAGAAGAAAGAGCUCGAACUCCAUGUGUUUGUACUCAAAGUCAAUGAGCAGACAUGCAUCGCGUAUGAUACAUCACAACUCGAGUUGCUCACUAUUAACAUCGUGAAUCAUAAGAAUAAGUAAGUAACUAUUUCAUUUGCAUCGAUUAAGUAACCGACAUCGAUUCAGAGUAGUAGUUUGGAAAAAGCUGCGAUUUAUAAGUGGUGGACGAGGAGCAGACGGUGUUAUCCAGAUUCAAGAGGGUUCAAGUGUGACAGUUUCCGAUUCUGCAGAUGUUAUUGGCGAUAUCAUAUCUAACACAGGGCCUGAGGUAAUUAAUCAUCUUCUUUUUACAAACAAGUCAGCUUGCUCAGCUAGAGACGUUCGUCAUUUUCUCUUCCAACGUGAAGUACGCCUCGUUCCACCAAAAACGAGCAGUUUCUGAAAGCUAUGGAUACAUUCUGAUGCCGCCAACAAGUAUUCGUUAUGAUGCGAUGACUGUCUAUCGAGUGACGAUCAAGAUGUUAGUCUGUCGUUGCACUGAAUUAUACUGAAUUAUACUUUAAAAUUUUUCAGCAAUCAGAUCAACGACCCCACUCAGCCGUUUUUUAAAGCCGUUUCAGAACUGGAGCAUCAAAAACAUUUCAAUGCAGCAGAAUCUUUCAUUGAAAUUAUGAAGAAGUUCGAAGAGAAUUUUUUCAAAACUUACAACGAAAAUGGCUACGGAGUCAACACAAUUCCCGAUGUUGAUGUUGUUCGGAACAACAGACCCCAAGCAGACAAGUUGAAACACGUUGAACUGAAUUUUGUUAAAUUCAAUAUAGUCUUUAAUACUGACGUUUGUUUUGCCUUUGAAUACCUUAUUCACUAUCUGUUAUUACAGUUCGGCACGUAUGUGAACGGUCUAGUAUUGGAGAUAGACGGUACGAAGAGAGUUAGCGGAAAAGUGUGGACUAAAUUCGGAAACGCACGCAUCGAAGGCGUCACUACCAUCGAGACGACCGGAAUGGUAGCGAAGCCCGGCGAUUGGGUGCAAGUUCGAUUGGAGUGAGUUCAGUAAUAAAUUGCAAGUGCCAAAAAUACCAUUUAUCCACAGAAACCGCCAUCGUAAGCUGUGCGUCAAGAAGUUAUAUGAUAUAGCACCUAUCGAACUGCAAUGUAGAAUAGGCGAAAAUUACCUAUAUGUAAGUCAACCGGUGACUGAUGCAAUUCGAAAAAACAUUUUUUAGCUCGAAGGUCAAUUGUCGGCUAAUAAUCCUGUAGCUAUUGGAGGGUUAUUGUAUUAUCAAAACGCAAUUUUGGGCCCAAUCGAAGUAGAUCGAGGAAUUUGCCAAAAACAACAAUUCACGUAAGCUCUUGUAUGCAGCAUUUUAGUCGAAUAAUGAUUCUAUUAAGUGAAAACGUGUUGCUGAAAUACUCUUUUCACGAUAUAAAUCUCGAAUCAAAGUUCCAUAGCUAUUGGGCACUGCAAAGAAUCAUUCAACCCAGCCAACUUUCACCAUUCACGAAAGAGUUGAACCAAGGCUAUUAUUCUCAAAAAACUGUCUUACCAGCACAUAAAGGUAUUCGUCAAAUCCUGGGUUUUCGUUCAAAUAAUUGCUACAGAUCACCUGAAAGGGCAAUCUGAUAGACAAUACAAUGGUGACGACGGGCCCCAUUGUUCGGCGGACUACUCAAACCAAGAUCAUUUACAUAGCCGGCCAGUCGACUAUUCAAACAACACACGUGUAGAGCCACAGUACGUUGACGGAAAAAUUACAACUUCUUUUCAGAUUUAUCUAUAAAAACUGCAUCUUCCUUCAAUUUAUUGUUCCUUUUUACGUGCUCUCGCGCGGUGUACGCAGACUGCGCUUGUCAACCGUAACUGCCAAGCUCUGGAGCCGAAAACACGCGUUUUGUGCUAAUUUUGCUGAUUUUUCGAGAUUGGUACAAAACGCGUGGAAUCUUGGUUGUUACGUUUGACAACACAAGUCUGCGUACACCGCACAACAGCAUACUGACAUUUCUGUGUCUGUGUCUUACUUUCGUGAUAUUGCUUGUAGACGCGACAGCCCUUUCUUAUCUUUUCUUUACUUGAGCACUCUUUUUCUCUUUCCCUCUCACUAUUACUAACUUUCCAACCAUUUCACUCUUCUUUUUCCAGACAGCCAAUCUAUCAGCAACCGUCUCCUAUGUCUCAAAGCAGCAUUUCCGUUCGCAGUGAGCCGAGAAACCGUCCACAGAAAAUGUUUGAGCGUUCUGCUCAAAUUGCCGCUGUGACUGAUCGAUGGUACAUCGCCUAUCUCGGAGAAGUGCAAAGGGCUGCUUUCGUGUAAGUACACGAUGCUGUAAUCGAUUUAUCAUCAAUGUUCUCAGUAGCAAAACAGUCCCUGGUCCAACCGUAAAGCUUGGAUCGCUGUUCAGUUGCUACAUCGUACCACUGGAAGUUGGAGCCGAUGCUUUCUACGAAAUUGUGGUUUGUCCUGGAAUAUCUCAGAAAGCGAAAUAAAGUGUGUUUGUAGGAGGUUUGCGAUAUUCUUGAUGCACGAAAUGAAGUUCGUGUGCACGAAGAGAAGGAAUCGUGCACAAAUCUGUUCCACGUAGACCUGUGUUACGAAGAGAAAAAUUUCAGAGGAUGGACCCAAAUUGGUGGCUGUCCUAUUCUGAAAUCGGAAGAAAUCGGUUACUACACAGUAGCACCACAUGUAUGUUUACUUCAUUGCAAUCCUUGCCAAUAUUCUUGAUUCUAGGUCACAAUUCCAUCGGGCGACGUGGUCCAAGAUAAAUCCCUUGUGAAAAUGUACAUUGGACAGCCGAAGGCACGUGACAUGGUCGGCUGGUUCCGUUUCGUUAAACGGACAGUGCCAGAGCGAAUGUUUGAUAAUAAUCCAUCGAAGCAGAAGCAAGACGAUCCCGUGUAUACCACUUACGUAUGGGAGUUGGAGGAAGUCUCAGGAAACUAUGCUCAUUUCGAUGAAAGACGGAAUCAGUGUAUUGCGAAAAAUGUGAGACGAAGAAAUAUGAUUUUUCGAAUAAGAAAAAACAAUUUCAGCUUGGAAAAGAUCGCGAAAAGUUUGAAGAGGAGGACGACAUUGCGCGUCAAAAAAGAAUAAACAAAGAAGGAGAUAUGUCGCGUGCCAAUUCGGCGGCCGCCUCCCCGUACGGCCAAAGCAGAGCUUCUUCUGUGGUUUCGUAUCAGACCACUCAGGAUCAUUUCGGCAAUAAUGCGCCUUCCUACAGAGGACAGAGUCAGCAAAGUUACUAUUCUGCACGCGACGGCUACGGAUCUCAGCCGGAUCCAUACGCGCAAUCGUCUUCGUCUGGAUAUCAAAACAAAAACAAUGCGUACAAUUCGAAUGAAAGUAAUUUCGGAGCGCAUUCUCAAUCGCCGGCCUCGAGUUACAAUAGAUCUUAUGGAGGACCGCCGGAUCAGGUAAGCCCGCCAAUGCGGCAUUCAAUACAAAACCUUUUGCAGAGAGUCGACGCUGCUACUCUGACCGGCAGGAAUGAUGAGAUGGCUGAGAAAAAUCGAGAAAUACGAGCCCUCCAAUCGGACAAAUUGGAGUGCAUCAAACUGUUGGCUGAUCAACAAAGGGAGAUGUACAAAUUCAUUACCGAUCCAAGAAUGGGACCCGAGAUCCAGGCCACUUUUCCGCAAUUGUUCGACUUUUUGAAAAGAGCGAAUCACGACUCUAAAAGAGUGAGAUUCCGAAAAUCACGACUUCCAUUUACUUUAAUUUUGCAGUUGACCGACCAGCACCUCAAUUAA